GUUCCGAAUGGUUGCCGUUGCUGUCGAGUGGAAAAUCAGGGCUGCCUGCUUUUUAUUGACAUUUCGAUGUAUGUUGGCUCGGUUAUGACAAAUACUCCCGUUUAUCCCUAAUCAGUCAAGCAAACCCAUAGUUUAGUUGUUGGAUUUUGAAAUUUUACAUACGCCGAAUAGCGUGAAAGAUUUCUUCCUCCUCUUCAUCGACACGAUAUCAUUUCCAUUCUACAGAAUUUCCUGUUCAUUCACGUUGAUAACGCUUGACAGACUUAUCAGAGGAGGACGCUGUGAAUGCUGAUCGUCAUGCCAGCGCGACGCUCCGUGAAACGGGCACGCGGGAACGCUCUCAUGUCGGGCGAUUCCGAUAACAAUUCCUUCUCCCCCGAGAUGGACGAGGAGCAGGAGGAUUCACCGCACAACGCACCCAGCUCGGGCCGCAUCAAGGAGCCGUGUAAGGUGUGCGGGGACGAAGUGUCGGGCUACCAUUAUGGAGUGCGGACCUGUGAAGGCUGUAAGGCGUUCUUCCGGAGAACGAUCCAGAAGAACAAAUCCUACUCUUGCCGUUUGGAGAAGAAUUGCCCCGUGGAGCGCCUGGGCAAGGCACGCACACAACGCUGUUGUUAUUGUCGCUUCCAGCAGUGCAUCAACGCUGGCAUGAAAGUCGACGCUGUUGCAGCUGUGCGUCAGGAUCGCGCUCGUGGAUGCCCAUCGAGCAGCAGCGCCCAUCCAUCGUUCCGCUACACCGGUCAGUCGGAGAAUCAGGAUUCCGAUGAGGAGCCCCCGGUGCGGCGCACGAAGCGGGCCAACAAGAAGAAUCUGCCCAGCGCCGCCAUUCCCCAGGAAACCAUCGGCAAUGCCAAACCCAAUCGCAAGCGCACAGUGGCCAAUAGCGUGGAAUCGCCCACGACGUCCUCGGCCGGUGAUCAGAACGAUCAGGACAACGUUUCAAAGUUUGCAGCAUUGAUGCCACGUAUUCCGCGCCUGGUAGCACAGAUGAAGAGUACAGUCCAGCUGGAGGACGACUGGAAGGAUCAGCUACUGGAAGUCCUGGAGGAGGAAACCAAGCGGAAACCCAACGCGGCGUCACUGGAAAUCAUUUGUAAUGUGCUGGAUAAGAAAGUGUACUCGUUCGUGGAGUGGGCGCGCGAUUCCUCUUUCUUUGAUUCCUUGGAUUAUGAAGACCAGAAGAAACUGCUGCAGUUCGGCUGGAAUUCCUACCUCAUGUUCGACAUCAUCUAUCACUUGUCACAAAAUGUUAUCAACGAGUUCCAACACCUGUCCGGAGGAUCGACGAUCAAAAUGACGGAAAUCGCGGCCCUGGGACAUCCGGCCAACUGCGCGUCCAUUCAGAGGAUGGUGGAGUUAGUACGGGAAUUGGCUAUAAAUCGCGCCGACUUUCUUAACAUCAAGAUGAUUUUAUUAUUGAAUCCAUUUGUUCCUGGGUUGGUGAAGCAGCGUCCCAUCAAAUGGGCAUACGACCGGUGCCAAGAGGAGCUGAAGAACGAUUCCAUGAAAACGCAGGCGGGAAUCACGGGUCGAUUUGGUCGUUUCAUGUCCCUGGUGACGGAUAUGCGGAAAUUUGCCGACGAAGGCGAACACUACCUGUACACCAAGGCCCGCCAGGAUGGCUAUCUCGACGAUACACUCCUGCUGGAGAUGAUCGAGAUGAAGCGGGAAUCUUGAGGCAGCGGCUAGAAUACCGGGAGUCGACCGCGGUUUUCACCGUAGAUCUGGGUUGUUGUACAAUGGUUCGUGUGCGCGGACGUUUUUAAACUCUUAUCACUUCUGGCAGGGUUGCGAAAUUGCAGUACGUAAGUUAAGUAUAAUCCUGUGUGGCUACGGUUCAAGGGACAGGUGUUAACUUGAUAGCAUUGGUUCUUCCUAAGACGCAUUAUCCCCGAAGUUCUACGUUGUAGUUGGUCAAAAAGUUUUCUUUCCGCUUCUUCACAGUAUAGAUGUGAUAUGGGAUCUGUCAUUUGCCUCUGUUGCCGCUUUGUUUUCAGUUCAUCCGUACAAACAUAGUACUAUUUGUUAGUUGCUUCAAGGGUUUCUUUGUUCUCUUGGCUUUUAGUUGUGUUAAUUUGCUUUUAUUGGGUGUUACUGCGUAUGCGCAAUAGCUGUUACAGGCUUUUUUAUCCGAUGACGAUUUGUUAUUUAAUUGCACUGGCGGGUGCUGUUCUCUGUUCUUACCGUGUUAGCCUUUUAACAAGUCGAUUAUUGUCAUAAUUAUUUGAUUUUCUCUUUUACUUUCUGUUACCGUCCGAAUGCAUACCGUGGCUUUGUGUUAUUCUAUGCGAUUUUAGCACAAAAUUAAUAAAUUAUGUAAU